AAGAAGGUGAAGAAGAAAACUGAUUUGAUCUCCUCUCCUACUAACUUUGUUCACCGGGUCCACACUGGCUUUGACAGGAAUGAAGGUAUAUUUGUGGGACUGCCACCACAAUGGGCAAGUUUGGGUCGCAUUCCGACUGCCGUGAUGGAAGAAUCGCCUUCACCCCCUCACUCACCUCAGUAUCCAAAUCAUUCCCCAUAUGAUCAUCAGGAGUAUCAGCCUCGCAUCAUGCAUCACCCCGAGCAGCAGCGUGUGGGUUACGGUUCCAUGCAUCAGAUACCCAUGGAGCACAACAACAAUAACAUCCACCGACCUGAACUGUAUAGUGAUUCUCAGCUAUAUCAUCAUCAGUAUCCACAGCAAAGGCCCAUGAGCAGCCCGAUACAUCAGACACCACCACCUGUGCCACCUGCCAAGCCUAUGAUGGUCCAUCCUCAAUAUGGUUAUGGUCCCCAACAACGCCAUCCCGCACCCAUGCCACAGAAGCCACCACUCAUGGUCCCAGCACCAGAAAGGCCUCACAUGAUGCAGUAUGCCUCCAAUUCAUCCAUCAACCGACAGCCACCCAGUCCCGCUCCAAAGCCGCCAGUGGAACCGAAGCCUCAGAUGAAGCCACCUAUGCCUCUCCCAGGAAAGCCCAAUUCAUCCAUGCCAAGUAAUAUGCAUUCUCCAUCAAUGGGUGGGAAUCAGGUGCCUCCACCUUUGACCAUUGCUCCCAAGCCCUCUCCUCCUGGUGGGAAGUCCCAGGAUCAGCAGCGGUUAUCACACGAGCAGUUCCGAGCUGCCCUGCAAAUGGUCGUCAGUCCUGGAGACCCACGAACGAACCUGGAAAACUUCAUCAAGAUUGGAGAGGGUUCCACUGGAAUUGUAUGCAUUGCAACAGAGAUCUCUACUGGUCGUCAUGUGGCCGUCAAGAAGAUGGAUCUGCGCAAGCAGCAGCGUCGUGAGCUGCUCUUCAAUGAAGUUGUCAUCAUGAGGGAUUACCAUCAUCCAAAUAUCGUUGAAAUGUACGACAGCUACCUGGUCAGUGAUGAAUUGUGGGUGGUGAUGGAAUACCUCGAAGGUGGUGCUCUGACAGACAUUGUCACACAUGCUCGUAUGGAUGAGAUCCAGAUUGCUACUGUAUGCAAGCAGUGUCUCAAGGCUCUGGCAUAUCUACACUCACAGGGCGUCAUUCAUCGAGACAUAAAAUCGGACUCCAUCCUUUUAGCAAGUGAUGGAAGAGUGAAACUUUCUGAUUUUGGAUUCUGUGCUCAGGUGUCUAAUGAACUGCCCAAGCGCAAGUCCCUGGUAGGUACACCGUAUUGGAUGGCUCCCGAAGUCAUCAGCCGGCUUCCUUAUGGACCAGAGGUGGACAUCUGGUCCCUGGGUAUCAUGGUGAUCGAGAUGGUGGAUGGGGAACCGCCUUUCUUCAAUGAGCCUCCUCUCCAAGCCAUGAGACGCAUCCGGGACAUGCCCCCACCCAAGCUGAAGAACAUGCAGAAGAUUUCCCCUAGGUUGCAGGGUUUCCUGGAGAAGAUGCUGGUGCGGGACCCGGCCCAGAGGGCGACGGCGUAUGACCUCCUUCAGCAUCCCUUCCUAAGACAGGCAGGAUCUCCAUCUUCACUCGUCCCCCUCAUGCGAUCGUUCCGAAACUCCUGA